CUACACAACAAUCAUCAGUUUGUGUUGAACAGUGAACAGUAUCAGUUGGCAGUUAUUUUGCUUGCCUGACCGGUAAAUUCGCAACGCGUCUAUUAAUUCAAAGCGCAAUUAUAUCAAAUUAUAUCCAAACAUUUCGUUAAAGACAUUUAAACAUAUACCGACUGAUCUUCAAUAGUUUAGUAAAAACUCAACUUCAGACAUUAAAAAAAAAAAAUAAAUAAAAAAAACACUGCAGAUCCAGAAUUAGCGACGGUUGCAUUCUAUCACAUUUACAUAGACAGUUGUUUUCAACCCUGAAGGUUAAUGUUGUAUUAUUGUUUCGCAAUCAAAUCGUGUCUGAAAAAAUGUUAAGUUCUAGAAUAUCAUCGAUAAUAGUUUUAAUGGUAGCAAUAGGUGGCAUAUCAUCUAUAAUGGUUAGCGAUUCGGCAACAAAAUCGCCACUUGUUUUUUCGAAAUGGCCACCUUAUCCAAAUAGUAAAUCAUCAGCGUUGCGACAUCAAAUCUUUCAGCAUUUGCGUACAACGGGACGAAUUCCACAAAAUAUGAUUGUCAAACGAUAUCCAACAUCAAUGUCAUAUAUGAUGCGUCCAAUGAAAUAUGCUCAAUUGAAAAAGGUGCCACUUCCACAAGCAUCAUACUACAGGCCAACGAUAUCAACGCCACCACGAUAUCGUUUCCAAAGUUCACCAGCUGCACCACAACCCGGCGAAUAUAUCUUCGAAAAUCCAUUCAACAACGUUGGCUAUCAACCAAAUAAGAAAAAGAUUAGCUUAACCGAUGAUACAAAAUACAAUCCGAUACAUACGGUGCCGGCCCCAAAUUUGCAUAAGAAUCUCGCAUAUUCGACACAAACUGAAUAUAUUCAUGAGCCGGUUGAUAAUCAAAUUUUCGAACAGAAAGAUCCACAAUUCAAUCAAAUAACAUUUAGACCAUUGACGGUGCCACAAUAUCAGGUCACUGAACAAAUAAAUGAUCACACAAUACGAGUGGAUCCAUUUAGUAAACAGACAAAAAUAUAUGUAUCCGAUUCAGCACAAUCAAUUCCAACAUACAAAAUUGCCCAAUCAUUUGACUCAUUUAAUCAACCGAGUGCGGUUGCAUCACGUCCGUUGCCCUUUGAAAUUAGUUUUAUUCCAGCACAGCCACAGCCACAACCACAGUCACAGCAACAGUCACAGCCACAAAUAAGUUCAGCUCCAGUUGCAUCACCAUUAAUUCAAAUGGCCAAUCAGGUGCCGCCACAACAACAACUUCCCGACACCUAUGCGAUACCAAUUGGAAAUCAACCACAAUUACAACAGCAUCUACUUCAACAACAAUCAAUGAUACAAAAUGUUCCACUUUCCGUAUAUAAUCCAACAUAUUUGGUGACACAAUCCAAUAAUUUACUAAAACAACAUCGUGAACAAUUAUUCAAACCAUCGCCAUCACAUUUGGAGACAUUAAAUCAAUCGCCGUCAGUUGAUUUGGCGGCUGGAAAUACACAAUCGUUACAAGAUGUUGGUUCGGUUGCAAGCGCUGGCCAACUAUUAACUUCUGCACAGAGUCAACAUAAACAACACGAGCAUACAAAUUCAAUUUCACUGCGUCCAGAUUUUUCAGUGGCCGCACAACUACAGCACACAGAUAAUACACCAACGUUUCAGCGUUAUGUGGCCGAUCGACCAACCGGAAAUGGCAUUGUUGUACAGCAACCUGUAUUGACCGAAUCCGAAUUGAACACACUAUUAAACAUUGGAAAUCACGAAAAUGAUAAUCAAAAUCCAUUUGUGGCAUCGACGUACUAUCAAUCGCGGCCAGAUCCGCAAAUUGAAUUGGAAAAUCGUCAACGCCAACAAUUUAAUGAUUUUAAAAUUGCAAAAGCAAACGAAGAACUCAAAGAGAAAAUUAAUACGGUCGAAGGAUCAUCAUCAUCAUCGUCGUCGUCGUCAUCAUCACCAUCAUCGACGCCAUUGCCAUUAAAUGGCCGUAGAAAGACUGCACAUCAACAACACCAAGAAAAAUUAGCAGAACAAUUCACUGGGAAAACCGCACUUAGAAUAUAUGUGCCAGAUGACGACUAUCAGAAGAAAAAUGAUGUCAGAAGAUCCGAUUUUAUUCGAUCCGAAAUGAAAAAUGAUUAUUUGAUGAUGAGACGAGACGAUUAUCAUCGGGAUGAAAAUCAAUAUUUUUUUAAUGAUGUUAUUCAAGACACGACAACCAAUCCCAGUGAAGAUGACUAUCUCAACGACACAGAAUCGGUAGAUCGUUUAGCGCUUGAUGGUGAAACCAAUGAACCAAUCAAUAGCAGCACAAUUAAUUCAUACAACUAUUAGAUCGUAAAAUGUUUCUAGAUUAGAUCUUAAAUUGAUUUUAAAUAUUGAAUUAAACGAAAACGAAUAAAAUGAAGAAAAAAAAAGUUUUUGAAUGAAGACAGACGUUCGGGAACAUAUGUUCACCUUCAUUCAGACAUACGUCAUAUAAAAUACAUUGCUGUUCCAACCGAAUAGCAGUAGCAAUGUUUUUUUUUUUUUUGUGACCAACGUCUGAGAUAAGGUGAAUACACUUUUCUGAACGUUUAAGAUGUUCAGUCGGGUUGUUUCGUGAAGGCGAAAUGCCAACUAUAACCAACUUAUUAAAUUUGCAUGAGAAAUAAUAUGUUGCAUACGACGUGUGCAUGAUUUUCACAAGCAGCUUCAAAUAAUUAAUUAGAUAAAGGAUACUCGCAUUGAAUUUUUCAAUUGAUUGUAAAUUUAUUCGCAAACAAUAAAUCGGUCGGACAGUCAUUCCACCAACCAUUAUACAGCAAUUUUAUAUUAAAUUUUUGUUCAUUCAAACCGUUGAAAAAUGUAAUGCUUUGACCCAUUCUGGUGGUCAUUUCUGUGUCAAAUGGAACAUAAAUUAUAUAUGCAUAGUUUCAAAUAAAGAAUUCAAAUUCCAAUGGAA